GCUGCCGGCGCGACCAAGGCAGGCCGUGGCGAUGCCUGCGCGCAGCCGCCACCGCCCCCGCCUCCGCUCCGGCUCUCCUCCCCGGGCUCCGCCGCCGCCUCUCGAGGCGCUUCACUCCUGCGAGGCCCGGAGAGCCCGGGACUCCGACAACGUCUCGGACACCGACUCGGAGUUGGGUCGGGGGAGCCCGACUCGGACUGCAGAGGCAGUGGAGGAGGAAAUGGCUGUUCCUAAUCACCUCUGCAUUCGCCGCUGGACUACCAAGCAUGUAGCUGUUUGGCUAAAGGAUGAAGGCUUUUUUGAAUAUGUGGACAUUUUAUGUAAUAAGCACCGACUUGAUGGAAUCACAUUGCUAACAUUGACUGAAUAUGAUCUCCGGUCUCCUCCUCUGGAAAUCAAAAUCUUAGGGGACAUUAAAAGGUUAAUGCUUUCAGUCCGAAAAUUGCAGAAAAUACAUAUUGAUGUUUUAGAAGAAAUGGGAUACAACAGUGACAGUCCCAUGGGUUCCAUGACACCUUUCAUCAGUGCUCUCCACAGCACAGAGUGGCUCUGUAACGGGGAGCCUUCACAUGACUGUGAUGGACCUAUCACUGAUUUGAAUUCUGAUCAGUGCCAGUACGUGAAUGGUAAAAACAAACAUUCUAUUCGAAGAUUGGACCCAGAGUACUGGAAGACCAUAUUGAGUUGUAUAUAUGUUUUUAUAGUAUUUGGGUUUACAUCUUUCAUUAUGGUUAUAGUCCACGAGCGAGUGCCUGAUAUGCAGACCUACCCACCACUCCCAGAUAUAUUCUUAGACAGUGUUCCUAGAAUUCCAUGGGCCUUUGCCAUGACAGAAGUAUGUGGGAUGAUUUUGUGCUAUAUUUGGCUCCUGGUUCUUCUUCUUCACAAACACAGGUCAAUACUUCUUCGAAGGCUCUGUAGUCUGAUGGGUACUGUGUUCUUGCUUCGCUGCUUUACCAUGUUUGUGACCUCCCUCUCCGUGCCAGGACAGCACCUGCAGUGUACUGGAAAGAUCUAUGGCAGUGUAUGGGAAAAACUGCACCGGGCCUUUGCCAUUUGGAGUGGCUUUGGUAUGACUCUAACUGGUGUUCACACUUGCGGAGAUUACAUGUUCAGUGGCCACACAGUCGUCCUAACUAUGCUGAAUUUCUUUGUCACUGAAUAUACACCAAGAAGCUGGAAUUUCUUGCACACUUUAUCCUGGGUUCUCAACCUCUUUGGAAUCUUCUUCAUUUUGGCUGCCCAUGAACAUUAUUCCAUUGAUGUGUUUAUCGCCUUUUAUAUCACGACAAGACUCUUUUUGUACUACCAUACUCUAGCCAAUACCAGAGCAUAUCAGCAGAGUAGGAGGGCAAGAAUUUGGUUUCCCAUGUUUUCUUUUUUUGAAUGCAAUGUUAAUGGUACAGUACCUAAUGAAUAUUGUUGGCCAUUUUCAAAACCAACAAUAAUGAAAAGAUUAAUUGGAUAAAGACUACCUUUGUAAUGGGUUCAUGAUUAAAUAUAUAGUAGUUGUUGAAAGUGAAUAACUUUGCUUUCUCCCCCUUGGUUGUUCCUGGAUGCCUUGCUUUUGGGCUUAUAUGUUGACAAAGUAAAGUUCCAUGUUCUGAGCAAGGCUGUGAUUAUAGAAUUCAAGAAAGAACAAUCAAGAGUCCUUACAGAUCUGUUUGAAAAGGAAGCUUAAGUUUAAGUAGAUGUUUCCUUAAAUUUCUCUUUCAGCAAACAAUGUUGUGAUCAAAGUUAGGCUGUUAUCUUUACCUGUUGAGUGCUAGCUUGUUGAACUUAAGCAAUUUGCUGGUUGAAAGUGGUUUUGUUUAUUUGUUUGUUUUUAAUUUCAUUAGGAUUCUAGUCAAGAAAUAAUUUUUUUAAGCUCCUUAAUAUCUUCAAGGGAAAAACCCCUACCAAGUGAGCAGUAUUUGAUCUUUGAACUGAUCUCUGUCUUUUUAAAAAAUGCAACUCUAGAAGGUAAUCUGUAUUACUAACAAAUAAUUUUUGCUUUCUGAACCAUCUGUAAGAAAAGUAUACUGAUCAUACCAGGAUGCCUGAAACAAGAAAAGAAUGAAAAAGACUAUACACGAAGCGACAGUACAAAUAUGGUAGUGGAAUUUUUCACCAAAGAUAAAACAAAAGAUGCAGUUCCUGUUUUGUUCUGAGGGCUCGGUAUGACCAUCAGUGAGUAUUUUUGAGGGAAAAGUGGCUGCAUCCAUAAGAAUCAAAUUGGCUUAAUUUUAGUGAGGUAGGUACCUGGAACAACUUUAUGCUGUAGUUGUUAGUUAGACUUAUGACAACCCAAUUUUAUGCUUUUUAAUGAUGUUAUUUAAUGAGCAAAAUAGUGGAGUGUUUUAACAAAUGUUAGAUAAAGUUCUUAUGUCCUUAAGUAGGGAGGUAUGCAUGCAAAGAAUAUUUUUUCUAUUUCGGAAAAGAAACAUUUAACAGGCUGCAGACAUAAUACAGUUCUUUGGUUUUUGAUAUAUGUCAUUCUUGGCCAUAAGAAGUAAACAGUCUCAAAUAUAUUUGGAUAUAAAAAGGUUUUGUUGUGUUCCAUUUUUAAAUACAAUUGUGUACAUACAUUCUUUCUAUUUUUUGUCUUAAUUUGGCAGUCAGAAAGUGAUAUGACUUAGUUAAGGUUUACACUAGAAAUUUAGUACCGUAAGUCAUCUGACCUCUGUGAUAACAUUUGUCACUUUAUUUUUAAUGAUUUUAAUAGUUACAACAGUAGAAUGGUUAUGGAAUUGGAAUUUGAGCCCCUACUGAUUGAGCUUAGCCACUUGGAAAAUUAAGUGUGUAGUUUUUACAUUCCAUUUUAAAACAAGGAGUUAGAAAAAGUGCUGACAUAUUGAGGUCUAAAAUCAGGCCACUUAGCUGAAACCUGCUUGUCAUGUGAGUGAAAUAUUUUAUUUUUGCGUUUUGAGUCCUAUUCCCACUCCUGUAUAAGCUGUAGAGGAGCUUGAAUGGCUAGAGCAGGAAAGGAAUAUUAUGCAAACAAGUUUCAGCCAGUGCUGAAUUACCCAAUUUGAGUCUACUAUGAACAUUAUUUUUUAUUUCUCACCAGAGAAAUGACACAAGGCAAUUCAAGUUUAAAAUUAUGAUUAUUAUAAUUAUGAUUUUAUUAUUGUUUUAAAAUUCAUACUUAAGAAUCUUAUAAUAUCUGAAGUUAUUGGAUUUUUUACAUGCUAGGGACAAAAAUGCUAACACUUCAUCUAAGGAAACUGCAUAAUCAUGAAGGGUGAAGGAUGUUUCUUAUGCCACUUAGAGUAUUUUGACUCUUGAGGUCAAAAGAUGUGUAACUGCCAUUCUUUCCAAGUGACAGAGCAAGCCCGUAUUUUAGCUAUGGAGGGACUAAUGUUGGCUUUUGAAAACCUGUUUGAAAAAAAAUCUGUGGCAGCAUUAAUUCAUGAAGUGGAUAGCUACUUAAUGAUAAGUUUCCUAACAUCAGUCUUCUUUCCUUCAUAUGGAUACUAUUCUAGAACAGAAUAGAAAAAAAAAUUGUAACUAACUUUGCAGCACUCUUGACAUUGAGAGUGCCUAACAGCAGACUCCAGUGAGGAUUAUAAAAUAAGUUUUCAGCCUUGCAUUUGUCAUAUCUGAUUUGAGGAAAAGAUAAGCUAGAUUUAUAACUAAUAUAAGGCAGUGUUUACAUAAAUCCAUCAUCUCCAAGUCUCUUUCUUGGAAAACUUUGACACAAAAUUCUUUUCCAUUUAUUUUUUAAAUAUGAAACCUACAUUACACUUGGUUUUUUGUUUUUUUUUCAUUUUGUUUUGUCCAGAAACUUUCCAGAUUUUGUCUUUGUAUUUUUUUGUUGUUGUUAAAAUCUAAACAUUGGAAAGGUGGUAUUUAUAGUCACAUUCUGGGUGUGAAUGUGCUAGGUGGAGAAGCUGCAAGCCUUAGAUCUAUAUAUUUUUUGCCCUGUUUUCAGUUGCAGGCUUGUGAAAGCUUAUAUCAUUACUGAAAUUUCAGUAUAGAAUGAACCAAGAAGGUUUUGAUUUGGGGAUGUAAACUGGAGGUUGUAUUGAAAGUCCUCAAUGCAUUUCUCUAUAUUCCUGACAGUGUAGCCUUUUUUCUCUUUUUUCUUUUUAUUUAUUUUUCUUUUUUUUUAAGUCCAUGCAGGGCAUUGUUACUGAAGGGUAAUUGAAGUUAGUAGGGAGUAGGAGAUUUUGAAGAAGGCACGUUUACUGUUAUUACUGAGUAAUUUGGGAGAAACCGUUUUUGGCUCUGCUGCAGAAUUCUCAAAUGCCUGUUCUCUCCAUAGCUCUCUGUGGUCAGAAUUGCUGGGGUAAAAAUACAACUUCCAUAUCUGUUUAAGUUGGGUUUUUUUUGUUUUUUUGUUUUUUUGUUCUUUUUUUUUUGUAGUCAGAAAGCAAUGAAAGUAAUCUUAGAACCAGUCAGCUAAAGAAAUGUGGACUGUUCACAGCAAAACACCCACUGACUGAAAGACUUGCUGAUUGUGUAACUCACACAACACAAGUGGCUCUUUCUUACCCUGAACCUGCCUAAGUGUUUUUACUUAGAAUUUCAAAAAUCUUACAAUUUGUAAAUGGAGAACCGAGGAGCCAAAUCCUUUUACAGCUGAAAUGAAACAGUGUGUUUUAGAGACAUCUGUUUGGAAAGUGUUAAUUUAUAUACUCAAAGUCAUAUUCAUAACACUAACCUGCUUUGAGUGUAUUCAGCAAAAGGCAAUUUCAUCAUUAGUUUUAUAGUAAACAUUUUUUAAGGAUCCUUGUUCUAAAGUGCUUGAGGAUGUUAACCAUAUUCUUGUUUUAAACUCUGUGAUCUAAUAAAUUUAAUUCUUUGAAGUCUUUUUGUAGACCUAAGUUAUCCCUUACAAAAAGUAAUUAUAGUAAUAGUUAUGUGUCAGUUCUUUAAGGUAUUCAGGCAUUUGAGACAAGAAAGUUCUCUUUUAGAGUAGUCCAAUAGCUUUCCUAAGCAGGAUUGGUUUCAUUUAGAUAGUUUCAAAGCCAACAAAGCAUGUCAGUUUUAAUGCCAUCUUUACUUGCUGGUUAAGAUGGUGUGCAUUUGUAAAAAGGGUAGCCUGAAUUACCCCAUACCUCUGUAGAGGUGACUUGUUUUGAUUGUUAGUAACAUCAGAAGUCAGACUGCUUCAGGUGACAAGUGAGAAAGGAAAGAAGUUGAGGGUUUUUCCUUCUCUGAGAAGCUCUGAAUGACUGAAAGUACUAUGAAAGUAGUUUUGAUCUCCCCUCUCACCUACCUCUCACACCCAGUGAAUGCCACCAAUUUCAAGUAACUAAAAUGUGGCCUAUUAUUUUGCAUCAAGUUCAAUAAAAACAUCUAUGAAAUCUGUAAGCCAUAAUUCAGCUACCUGUAAAGUUGGUUUUUAGAAUAUGUUCUAACCUAAAUUAGCCAAAGGACUUUUUAUUCCAGUGCACUCCACGUUUAAGCAUAAGGUGCUUUGUGCCUGAUGUGGAGGAGAAAGAAAGAAUACUAUAAUAAUUUUGUUGUUAUUUCAGGUCUGUUUCAGUAUAAGCUACUGGCUUAUUAAUGUCAUCUUAAAAAUGCUUAAUUUUAACAAUUUUUUUAUUGAGAUACUCAAUGGAUUGUUAGGACAAUUGAAGUAUUCCUGAUAUGGAACAAAGGAAGUGGAAACUGGUACUUGGCAGGGGAAGCAAAAUUAGUUUGGACUUAAGUGGGCGUGUUUUGUUUUAAGAAUGCUACCUAAAUGUUACUCUGUCCACAGAGAAACUAGUAUUACUUGAAGAUGUGAAUGUUCCUGUGGUAGCCAUACCUUGAAGCACAGUAUUGUAUAUAAGUAAAUAUCUUGAUUCUAAAUUAAAGCCAGAUUUAACUAAUAUAUAUUAUUUUAUAUCUUUGUUGUAUUAAAAUGUUUAAAACCACUAAAAAUAAAACAUUUGAAA